AUGGCCGACACAGACGCACUCCGUGAACGUCGCAAACGAAACUCGAUUGAUAUUCUAGAAGAUGAGGUUCCUCUCACCAAAACCACGACUCAGGUUCCUUCUCCGUCGGCAGAAAAGAAAGCAAAGAAAUCACUUAAUAAAUUAGCAGCCGAUGACGAUGCAGCACCUUUCUCAUUGGUGGACUUAUUGAGAUCGAUUGUUUUUGUACUGGUUGCGAGCUGUGGGUUGAGUUAUGUGGUUACGAGAAAUAGCUACUUUUGGGGAAUGAAGAGACCGAAUUGGACGCAUGGGGAGGUUUUGAAGGGAUAUUGGAAUGGACCUCCCCAAAUAACCGACGCAGAUCUCCCGCGCUUCGAUGGCUCAAACCCGGAUCUUCCAAUCUACCUCGCGCUCAAUGGCACGAUCUAUGAUGUAACGGCUGGACGUAGGCAUUAUGGUCCGGGGGGCAGUUAUCAUUUCUUCGCGGGCGUGGAUGCUACAAGGGCUUUUGUGACGAAUUGUUUUGAGGAGGAUAGGACGCCGGAUUUGAGGGGUGUGGAGGAUAUGUUUUUGCCGGUGGAUGAUGAGGAGACGGAUGCGGAGAUUUUGAAGAAGGUUGGAAAGGGAGGUAUGAAGAAGUUGAGAGAGAGAGAGAGCAGGGAGGCGGCUAAGGGGGUGAGGGAUGCGUUGGGGCAUUGGAUCGGUUUCUUUGAGAAUAGUGGAAAGUAUCCAAAGAUUGGAAAGGUUAAGAGGGAGAAGGGAUGGGAAACUAAGGGAGAGAAACCAAAAUUGUGUGAGAAGGCGCAGAAAGGAAGGAAGAAGAGGACGAUUCCUGAGGGGGGAAUCUAA